AUGGAACAAGUAAUUGGUUGUCAACUGGAUGUAGAGGAUGACACAAUGGAGGAUAGUGAUGUAGAAAUGUCUGUGCAGAGAGCAACUCCACCCUCUUCAAGUUCACGUGGUACGCUGAUGGUCGUAUCGCCAUCAGUACAGAAAUAUUGCCUGGACAACGGCGGGAAUCUUCAAGAGGGAGUUGGACAAGCUUCCGCAGUAAGUGCCGGAUCAGCCAGUCUGCAACUGGUGUAUGUGGGCCGUCCGCUGCAAGCAACAACAGCCUUGCAAGUCAAGCUAUUACCAGAAAAGCACAAUUAUAUUGACUUGUCAGCAUUUUCUCCUGAUAAUUACAUUACCAUCCAGGUUAUGCUCUCCCUCUCAGUUCAGGGCAAGUCAUUCCGUGUCAUGACUUAUUAUUUUGCAUCAUCUGCAAACACUGAUAUGAAGAAACCAUUGAGGAUCAUAUUCACUCACCAAGGAACCAAGGAUUGGUCGUCGUUCCCCUUUUCCAGGAGUGGUCCAGAACUCGCCGUCUCUCACGAGUCAUCGCCUCUCCCGCCAGCGCUGGAAGACCCGAGAGCCGUCAAUGAGAACAGAGAAUUACUUGGCUUUAGAGCAGUUGCAAUGAAGUCUAUUGAUAAUCAUUGCACUAUUGCAACAUUUUUGGACGUCUCUCCCAGAACAUUGCAAUUUUCAGCGUGUGUUCCAAAAGUUAGUGUCCAUUAUAUUUCAGGAGUUAUAGUGAGUGUUACUACAGUUGGCACCACUGGUGGCACUAUUACCCCACAGCCUGGCCCUCAGACAGUUGGCACCACUGAUGGCACUAUUACCCCACAGCCUGGCCCUCAGACAGUUGGCACCACUGGUGGCACUAUUACCCCACAGCCUGGCCCUCAGACAGUUGGCACCACUGGUGGCACUAUUACCCCACAGCCUGGCCCUCAGACAGUUGGCACCACUGGUGGCACUAUUACCCCACAGCCUGGCCCUCAGACAGUUGGCACCACUGGUGGCACUAUUACCCCACAGCCUGGCCCUCAGACAGUUGGCACCACUGGUGGCACUAUUACCCCACAGCCUGGCCCUCAGACAGUUGGCACCACUGGUGGCACUAUUACCCCACAGCCUGGCCCUCAGACAGUUGGCACCACUGGUGGCACUAUUACCCCACAGCCUGGCCCUCAGACAGUUGGCACCACUGGUGGCACUAUUACCCAACAGCCUGGCCCUCAGACAGUUGGCACCACUGGUGGCACUAUUACCCAACAGCCUGGCCCUCAGACAGUUGGCACCACUGGUGGCACUAUUACCCCACAGCCUGGCCCUCAGACAGUUGGCACCACUGGUGGCACUAUUACCCCACAGCCUGGCCCUCAGACAGUUGGCACCACUGGUGGCACUAUUACCCCACAGCCUGGCCCUCAGACAGUUGGCACCACUGGUGGCACUAUUACCCAACAGCCUGGCCCUCAGACAGUUGGCACCACUGGUGGCACUAUUACCCAACAGCCUGGCCCUCAGACAGUUGGCACCACUGGUGGCACUAUUACCCAACAGCCUGGCCCUCAGACAGUUGGCACCACUGGUGGCACUAUUACCCAACAGCCUGGCCCUCAGACAGUUGGCACCACUGGUGGCACUUACCCAACAGCCUGGCCCUCAGACAGUUGGCACCACUGGUGGCACUAUUACCAACAGCCUGGCCCUCAGACAGUUGGCACCACUGGUGGCACUAUUACCCAACAGCCUGGCCCUCAGACAGUUGGCACCACUGGUGGCACUAUUACCCCACAGCCUGGCCCUCAGACAGUUGGCACCACUGGUGGCACUAUUACCCCACAGCCUGGCCCUCAGACAGUUGGCACCACUGGUGGCACUAUUACCCAACAGCCUGGCCCUCAGACACUUCCCAGACAAUCCAUUUAA